AUGUUGGAGACGGACGCCAUCGAAUUUGCCGAUGCACAAGCGGUCUGGUCGCAGCUGCGGGCUGUGGAGCGGCUGACUGUGACGGUGAUAGUUGACAACGAAACCGACGGCCUGUCAUCUCCCUGCGCCUGCUGUGAUCCCUCCCUGGACCCCUCCACAAGCACACCCUACCAGUCCGAAUUCACUUGGGCCGUCCACCAAGUCACCGGCGGCAGGUGGCCCUCCCUGGACUUCAGACACUCGCUGCAGGCCGGUCACGGCCUGUCCCUGCUGGUCUCCGCCAGCACCGCCGACGGCGCCGUGUCCCGACUGCUGUUCGACGGGGGCCCCCGGGAGGACCUGUGGACUCGCAAUGCGGAGCGGCUGGGGCUGGACAUGGGGGAGGUGGAGGCGGCGGUACUCAGUCAUUGGCACGUGGACCACAGCGUGGGGCUGUUGGCAGUGGCGAGGGCCGCCUCCGAGGCCCGCUCCGGAACCUGGAGCGCCCUUAGGGAGGACGAGAAGACGGAGCCCUCAAGUACCAUUUUGCCGGGGCAUCUCCCGCAAGCAGAGGACUCCGACAAGACAUGUCCGGAAGGAGAGCUUGCACCUCGGCCGCCGUCGCAACUGCCCCAGCAGCUGCAGCAGCAGCAGCAGCAGCAGGAGGAUGGGGAUUCGGAGGCGGGUCUACAGCCUGGUCCACCACCACCGGUGCAGGAGCCGUUUGUGUUCGACUUGCACCCCUCUCGACCGUUGCUGCGGGGGCUGUUGCUGGGCGCCUCGCAUAAGCCCGUGCCGUUUGACGAGAGGGACCCCACCCUGGAGCAGCUGUCUCUCCCCGGCUGCCGUGUUGAGCUCCAUGCCGGACCCCACACGCUGCUAAGGAACUGCUUCUUCGUGUCGGGCUCCAUUCCCCGCGUCAGCAGCUUCGAGACAGGGCAGCCGGGACAUGGCACACUGGGGCCUGACGGCAACUGGCAGCUCGACCCGCACAUCAUGGAGGAGCGGUACCUGGCGGUGCGGGUGAGAGGCCGCGGGGUGGUGGUAUUGAGCGGCUGCUCCCACGCCGGCAUCGUCAACGUCGUACGACACGUCAAGGGGUUGUCGGGGGAGCCAGUCUUCGGGGUGAUGGGCGGACUGCAUCUGGCCGGCGGGAAGAUGGAGGGGCGUAUUCCAGAGACUGUGGCGGCGCUGCGGGAGCUGAACCCCGCACGCGUGUUUGGAGGGCACUGCACGGGCUGGAGAGCCAAGAUUGCCCUGGCAGCCGCCUUAUCUGAUCGAUUCCAGCCCAUGUCGGUUGGGAGCACUUACACCUUUUUAGCGGCGCGUCCGGGCGAGCAGCAGGAGAGGGCAGGCGAUGAGGAGAAGGCGACAAAGGCUGUGCCAGGGGGUCAACAGCCCGAGGAGCCCGGGGUGGGGAGCUAG